AAUGCCCCGCUGCAGCCAGUGCAGCCGCCGAUGGAUGCUGCGGGAAAGUGCUGCCAUUUGCAGCCGCUUGGACCGGUGGCUCGACGAAGGGGCUCCAUUCUGGCCGCGACGGCAGCAGUCGCCCGCCGCCCGGUCUCUGUCCCCGGCUCAAGCCGAUCUGCUGGGCUAGUUCCCAGCGCUUCCUCUCUCCGCCGGGCUGCUGUUCUUUCAGCACCGCUAUGAACCCUGCUUCAGCAGCCGGAGAGGAGAAGGGGGCUGCAGGAGGCAGCGGUCCCGGCGGCAGCACGUGCCGUGGGGCCGAAGGCGGUGGGGACCCUCGCAGUGCUCCCGCCACGGGGGCCGACCCAGAGGUGCCUGGACUAACCGGUCAGAAGGAGGACUCUCUGGAAGAGAAGCUGAAGAGUUUAACCUUCAGGAAACAGGUGUCUUACAGGAAAGCAAUCUCCAGGUCUGGCCUUCAACAUUUGACUCCUGUUCAAAACCUCAACUUGGCCAUCAGUAAUGGACCUGUGAAGGAGCCGAGAAUGGCACUAGAAUGGAGUGAAAAUGCAAUAAAUGGCGAACAUCUCUGGCUGGAGACCAAUGUAUCUGGGGAUCUGUGUUACCUGGGAGAGGAAGGCUGCCAAGUUAAAUUCUCAAAGUCAGCUGUUCGAAGAAAAUGUGCUGCCUGCAAGAUUGUGGUCCACAAUGCCUGCAUGGAGCAACUGGAAAAAAUUAACUUCCGGUGCAAGCCAACUUUUCGAGAAGGCAGUUCCAGAUCACCAAGAGAGAAUUUCGUUCGACAUCACUGGGUUCACAGAAGACGUCAGGAAGGGAAAUGUAAACAGUGUGGAAAGGGAUUUCAACAAAAAUUCUCCUUUCAUAGUAAAGAGAUUGUGGCUAUCAGCUGUUCAUGGUGCAAGCAAGCGUUUCACAAUAAAGUCACCUGCUUCCUGCUGCAGCACAUUGAGGAGCCCUGUUCCCUAGGAGCUCAUGCUGCUGUUAUUGUCCCCCCCACAUGGAUCAUUAAGGUGAAGAAACCUCAGAAUUCACUGAAAAAUUCGACCAGGCGGAAGAAAAGAACCUCUUUUAAAAGGAAAGUCAGUAAAAGAGGAAAUGAGGAGAACAAAGGACGACCUUUUGUAAUUAAGCCUAUCUCUUCCCCUCUCAUGAAACCCUUGCUUGUAUUCGUGAAUCCAAAAAGUGGAGGGAAUCAGGGUACUAAAGUGCUCCAAAUGUUUAUGUGGUACUUGAAUCCACGUCAGGUCUUUGACCUAUCUCAGGAAGGACCAAGAGAUGCGCUUGAAUUGUACAGAAAAAUGCCAAAUCUACGAAUCUUGGCUUGUGGUGGCGAUGGAACAGUUGGCUGGAUCCUCUCCAUUCUGGAUGAGUUACAGUUGAAUCCCCAGCCUCCUGUGGCUGUGCUUCCACUUGGCACUGGGAAUGAUCUUGCUCGGACUCUCAACUGGGGAGGGGGAUAUACUGAUGAACCUGUUGCGAAAAUUCUCUGUCAUGUAGAAGAUGGGGCCAUCGUUCAAUUAGAUCGUUGGAAUCUUCAGGUUGAAAGAAACCCUGAUUUACCCCCAAAAGAACUUGAAGAUGGAACACAGAAGCUCCCCCUCAAUGUUUUCAAUAAUUACUUCAGCCUCGGAUUUGAUGCCCAUGUCACGCUGGAAUUCCAUGAAUCUCGAGAGGCAAAUCCUGAAAAAUUCAACAGCCGGUUUCGAAAUAAAAUGUUUUAUGCCGGGGCAGCUUUUUCAGAUUUCCUUCAGAGAAGCUCUAGAGAUUUAUCCAAACAUGUGAAAGUUGUGUGUGAUGGGACUGACUUGACUUCCAAGAUUCAGGAGCUGAAAUUUCAAUGUAUAGUAUUUUUAAACAUACCCAGGUAUUGUGCUGGCACAAUGCCCUGGGGUAAUCCAGGAGACCAUAGAGAAUUUGAACCUCAGAGACAUGAUGAUGGUUUCAUUGAGGUCAUUGGAUUUACCAUGGCAUCCCUGAAAGGAAGAAAGAAAGAUCUACAUGCAAUAUUUCCUCUCUUUUCUCCUUCUUUAUGUCAUGGAAAGGCUGCUCUUCAAGUUGGAGGUCAUGGAGAGAGGUUACAUCAGUGUCGGGAAGUGACUCUACUAACAUAUAAGUCUAUCCCCAUGCAAGUGGAUGGUGAACCAUGUCGGCUGGCCCCAUCGCUCAUCCGAAUCUCCCUUAGGAAUCAGGCAAAUAUGGUGCAGAAAAGCAAGAGAAGAACAUCCAUGCCUUUGCUCAAUGACAUCCAAAAAGUGCCAUCUGCUGACCUGAGGAGAGUUUCAGCUCCCCCUGAUUCUUUUACCAUCCCCCACGCCAUCCCAGAUCGUCUGAGAAUCAGAGUGAAUAGGAUUAGCUUGCAAGAUUACGAGGGACUGCAUUAUGACAAGGAAAAACUCCGGGAAGUUUCUAUUCCAUUGGGAAUUAUAGUUGUCCGAGGAGAUUGUGACUUGGAGACUUGUCGCAUCUAUGUGGAUCGCUUAGAAGAGGAUUUGCAGUCUGUAUCUUCAACAACACACAGAGUCCACUACCAGGACCAGGAAAGUUCAUUCCCAAGAGUAUUGUCUGUUCAGAAACUAUCCCCUAGAUGGUGCUUCCUAGAUGCAACCUCUGCUGACCGCUUUUACCGCAUCGACAGAUCUCAGGAACAUUUGCACUUUGUGACAGAAAUAUCACAGGAUGAGAUUUUUAUCCUGGAUCCAGAAUUGGGGGCAUCUCAACCAGCUGGAACACCUCCAGGAAUGCCUGAUCUGGUGGUAGAGCAGGCUUCUGGAAUGUCCGAUCGGUGGAAUCCUGCUAUUCGAAAGCGCAUGUUGAGUGACAGCGGUUUGGGGAAGAUGUCUCCCCACUAUGAAGUACCUGAGAAACAGAAGGAGACCAGCCAGGUUCACCUGCUGCAGUCUCCUGUUUCUUCAGAAGAUCAAGCACUUUUACAAUCAGUAAUAGCUGGCGAUUUUCUAAGAUUUGUAGAAUGGUGUAAAAAAGGAGCUAAUCUAUUAAUCUGGGGUCCUGACCACUGUUCCUUGCUUCAUCAUGCAGCAAAGACUGGGCAUGGUGAGAUUGUAAAAUACAUUCUAGAACAUGGUCCUUCUGAGUUACUGGAUAUGACAGAUAGUGAAACGGGUGAGACAGCAUUGCACAAGGCAGCCUGCCAAUGUCACCGUGGCAUCUGCCAGAUGCUGGUAGAGGCAGGGGCAUCGUUGGGGAAAAUGGACUCCAAGGGUAAGACACCUCGAGAUAGGGCCCAGCAGGCUGGGGAUCCAGAUUUAGCCUCCUACUUGGAGAGUCAUCAGAAUUACCCAGUAGUGCCCCACGAGGAUCUAGAGACUGCCGUGUGAUCUCUGUGGUGUGCAAGAGAAAAACUCUAGGAAAUGAUAAAGCUGCACCUGAGGUACUCUUGAGGUGUCGUGUGAGGAAGAAGCAAAUGGAACCACCAGUCUCUCAUUCUCCGGCAAACUCUGAGAAGAAGCCACAUGUUUCUAAGGGCUACGGAAACUUGCCACGGAACUGUUCCCACAUGUCAGCUUGUAGGGAUAAAGGAGGAGACUCAAAGGCCUGGAAAAUCCAUAGGCCAAGGAGAUGUAUUCUCACUGCUCUUCCUAAGUAGCAUGAAUGUUUCCCAUGUUCCUUUUGUAGAAUCUAUUUGAAUAAAUAACAGCAACACAAAAUGUGAGGGAAGAAACAAAAUAACACAAAUAUUCAUAAUCCAGUCAAACAUUUAUCUUCCUCUAACACUUGCCAUGAAACUCUUGUGUUUCCAUUUUCAUGCUCUAUAUUCUUCUUUCAGAUGCUCUGUUGCACAUCAGUAAACCAGCAUCUGUCUCUUUGUGCUAAAUUUUCACCAUUCUGGAUUAAAUCAACUCUGUGUAAAAGGAUCUGGAAUGCUCAUUGCAAAGCCAUAUAAUGAAUUCUCGCUUUAUAUACUGUCCAAGAUUGCAUUAUUACAUCAUUGCUUCUUCUGAACCCAUUUCCUUCCUGUGUUCUUUGGAUAUAUAUUAAGUCUACUAUAGAAAGAAUCAUGCAGAAGAAGUGAUUUUAUUAUCUGUUUAUAAAUAUGAAGGUGUAAAUAUAGGGCACAAAGAAACAGAUCAGGUGAUAGGAAACUGAUAAAUGUCUCUCAGAAUAUUUGUGAGUUUUACUCAGAUUCUAGAGUGAGAAAUUCAUAGAUUCAUUUCAGACCUUAGGCUUGGUGGUAACCUACGAGUGUCCCAAAAUUGCAGAACAAAAAAUGCACCUCAUAGUCACUUUAGUGACCUCUCUGGUGAGAUAUCUUGGUUUCUUUUUUAAUGGUACAAUUGACUACAAUAGACUAGCUAUUUUUGGUCUAAUAUUGACAAACUUUGGUACAAAAAUGAUUCAAGAUGCCAGAUCAUGAUCAUGGGAAAUAUAUCCAUAACAUUUUCUGCUUGUUUAUUUACAUUAAUCUGUAGCUUUUUUACAUUGGCUAAAAGGUAAAUUUGGCUAAAUUUCCUUCAAGUUAAGUUUGACUUAAAACUCAAUGAACAGAUCCCUUUAAUAUUUUUGGGCAAUUGUAAGCAAGUAGUUUGUUACUGUCAUCCUUCUGGAAUAUUUUUUCAAUGUCCCUGUCUAGACUAUAGCCAAGUACUUUCUGGAACUGCCCCAUUCAAGUUCUGAACAAGGCCAGAGAUUAACCAGGUACUGUCACAUGUUGAGACUUAUCUUGGAUACAAGAAACUAAGCAGAAUCUAUGAGCUGACAGAAAAUCAACAUACAUCAAAUGAAAAGAUAUAUACAGUACUCUAAGCUUCUCUAGCAUAGCCUUCCCUAUCUAUCUUACUCUUCUAUGAGGUACACAUUUGAGAUUAUUGACUUGAGAAGAUUAUUCAGAAUGUUGCUUAAAAUUGUAGCUUGAAUACUGCCUUUAGAACAGUGGUUCUCAACCUUUUUAAUGCCGCGACCCCAAUUGGUCGUAAGUCGAGGACUACCCAACCGGUCGUAAGUUGAGGACUAUCCAACUGGUCGUAAGUUG